GGGUCAGCCUAAGCCGCAGCCGUUGGCGCGUUCAGUGCGCGCUGCCGCGCGUGUGUUAUUGCUCCCACGUCAUUUGCAGCCGAUAUUGAAAGUGCGAGAAGGGCGCGACGGGAGGCAUGAGCGGGGCUCGUUAUUAGCAGUCGGCGUCGUCGCUGCGAGCUCCGUGCUUGAAAGCUCGCGAAUCAGAGGAAAGAGUGUGCGAAUCUGUGCAGCGGCGAUGCAGUGCAGCAGGCAGCAGUAGAGCGCCGCCGCCGAGGACAAGUGGGGACGAGCAUGCCGGUCUCGCCGAUCCCGACAACAUGAGCCUGGAGAGGAGAACCGCCAGCAGCAGCGGCAGCAGCAGCAGCAGCAGCAGCAGCAGCAGAAGAAGAAGAAGCACGAGGAGCACGACGGCAAGGGCGAGGGAUUUGGUAAAUUCAUGCAGCCGAGAGUGUUGUACUGGCGAACGGUAGCAGUGCGACGAGUAGCAGCAGGCUUGAAAAAUGAAUUUGAUAAACAUGGACGCGGAGAACCGCGUGGUACUGAACGUCGGCGGCAUAAGGCACGAGACGUACAAGGCGACCCUGAAGAAGAUCCCAGCGACGAGGUUGUCAAGGCUAACCGAAGCACUUGCCAACUACGAUCCCAUCCUCAACGAGUACUUCUUCGACCGGCACCCCGGCGUCUUCGCCCAGGUACUCAACUACUAUCGCACGGGCAAACUGCACUAUCCGACAGACGUGUGCGGGCCGCUGUUCGAGGAGGAGCUCGACUUCUGGGGCCUCGACUCCAACCAGGUGGAACCGUGCUGUUGGAUGACUUACACUCAGCAUCGAGACACGCAGGAGACGCUGACCGUCCUAGACAGGCUGGAUCUCGACACGGAGAAGCCAAGCGACGAGGAGCUUGCGCGCAAGUUUGGCUUCGAGGAGGCCUACUACAAGAACGAGCUCAACUGGUGGCAGAAGCUCAAACCAAAAAUGUGGUCCCUUUUCGAUGAACCCUACUCCUCCAAUGCUGCCAAGAUAAUCGGCGUGAUCUCGGUGUUCUUCAUCUGCGUGUCGAUCCUGUCGUUCUGCCUGAAGACCCAUCCGGACAUGCGAGUGCCGGUGAUCGUCAACAAGACGGUGUACGGCGCGAACAACACACAGACCUGGGCGCUCGACAAGACCCACACCAACGCCCACGACGCGUUCUUCUACAUCGAGUGCGUGUGCAACGCCUGGUUCUCGCUGGAGUUCAUCAUAAGGAUAGCCGCGUCACCGAACUUGUGCGACUUCAUCAAGAGCUCGGUCAACCUGAUCGACAUGAUCGCGACGAUGAGCUUCUACAUCGACCUGCUGCUGCAGCGCUUCGCCUCGCACCUGGAGAACGCCGACAUCCUCGAGUUCUUCAGCAUCAUCCGGAUAAUGCGGCUGUUCAAGCUGACGCGGCACUCGAGCGGCCUGAAGAUCCUCAUCCAGACGUUCCGUGCGUCGGCCAAGGAGCUGACCCUGCUGGUCUUCUUCCUAGUCCUCGGCAUCGUCAUCUUCGCGAGUUUGGUCUACUACGCCGAGCGCAUCCAGUACAAUCCGAAGAACGACUUCAAGAGCAUACCACUGGGUCUGUGGUGGGCGCUGGUCACGAUGACCACUGUCGGCUACGGCGACAUGGUGCCCAAGACCUACGUGGGCAUGUUCGUCGGCGCGCUGUGCGCUUUGGCAGGCGUGCUCACGAUCGCCCUGCCGGUGCCCGUGAUCGUCAGCAACUUUGCGAUGUAUUACAGUCACACGCAGGCGCGAGCCAAGCUCCCCAAGAAGAGGCGCCGAGUGCUUCCCGUGGAGCAGCCCCGAGUGCGCGUGCCGGGGCUCCCGGCGACCGGCGGUGCGGCCCAGCCCGGCUCCCAGAGCCACUCGGCCCACGCACCGUCGGCCACCGGCCACUGCCAUGCCAACCAAGAGACUACAGGGCCUCCUAGCAGGCAUCAGAGGGCCAACGCCAUCAAAUCCGCUCACUCCAAGGAUCCUUUCGCCAUCAAGUCGGACGAGGAUCGAAAGAGUGCAAAUCUCCGAACCAACGGGACCAAGACAGGCACGGGCUAAGGCUCCGUUCACGCAAAAGAGCUCCGCCCGAGCCAUGUCAAGAGAAUAGCAGUGCUGUAGCCAGUUGAUCAGCGCGAGCAAGACUACGAAACACGGAGACAGAUAUAUAUGUAUAGACGAACUCGCAAAUGUGUACGAUACAUCAGGAGUAUAUCCAAGAGCAAGUAAGCUUGUUGCAAGCGAAAACCAAAGAAGUGAACAAGAAAAAAAGGGAGUCAGUAAUUUUCCUUUUCCUGCGAGGAUCCCGCUACCGCGAGGCCGAGGCCCAGUAACGGCAGUAGCUCUCUUGCAGCCCUGGCGUCGUGGCAAACCCCAUUGAAGUCUGCUUCAGGAUUACGAUCCAAGUUUCAUUACAGCGCGGCCAAUCCUGUCGCCGACUCCAUUGGGAACGACGCCGAGCUGAAUAUACGUUCAGCUGCUGCGAGCGUGCUGAGGCCCAGUGCGCAGCCUCUCAGCAAUAGCACAAAUACGUACGCGCGCAUAUAUACACGGAGGCAUCUAUAAACGCUCGAUAAUCGACUCAGAACGGAGACUCAGAGUAAGAAGUAGAGGUAGAACCGAAGUUAAUUUGGAAUACUUUUGCGUACUCUAGAUAUAUAUGUAUAUAUCUUUUCGAUUCGCGCGCUCAAUCUUUCUGUCGUAUCGCCGCUAUUUCCCGAACUAAAAGUGCAACUUCCAAAAUUGUCGGUCCUAUUUCUCUGACUCGGUCUGGCUCUCCGUCUCUCGAGGCGAAAGUUCGGCAGUGUAAAUUAAACCACGGCAAUGCUACAAACUGUUUACUCGAAACUUGGCCACUCAAGUGGAAUAAAAAAAAAGCGGACGGAAAAUUGACGAAAGCUCGGGCCCUCUAUGUAUCUAUAAAACGAUCAAAGAAACAAAAAUUGGAGCUGAUUGCGCCUGUACAUACACGCACACACGUACACUUGCACACACUUGUACCGAGGGAUUCAGAGAGUGUAUGGCACCAGUAGUUGAUAUAUACGGCAAACUCCCGUACCGAAUUGGUCCCACUGCGGCAAUCCCUUUCGGAAGCCCCCUAAAGCGAGAGACGGGCCAAAGUCAUCGAGAGCCGCUCGCUGCCUGCUACUUUUCGUGAUCCAAACUUGGAUACCUAUAUAGGUACACGUAAAGCGCAUUAGGAUAUAGAGAGCGAGCGAGAGAGCCGAUCAAGAAAGACGCGCGCAUCCCAAAUCCACCAGAGGAGCAGCGCAAACCGAGAGGAAAACUCGCGUGAAAUUGAUUUAGCCUCGGCUGCUCUACAUCUGCGUUCUGCGUGCACCCUCCUCUAUCUCUCACUCUCCCUCUCGUCUCCUUUUUGAUGGGAAAGUCGAGUAUCGUAUAGCGUUAUGCCUGCUUGUCUUUUCCCGCUUAUUUUGCUCUCCUUGCGUGUACCUGUGCUCGCGUACGCGCGCAACGAUACUUGCAUUCCGCUUACGCUUACGCUGUCGUUAUUCCAUCCACCGCCACGGAAUAUAUACUCUUCAACCUAACAAAACGUGGAAUUUUCCAGCAAGAAUGCCCGGCGAAAGCUCUUUUCAUUUUCAUGAGCUGCAUCAGCGGGGAAUACAUAUAAAAAGUAGAAACACAGGCAAGCCGCAUGGGAGAAAAUAAAACGUCGUUGAAAAGUAUAAUAUAUACAUCGGGAGAAAGAGAAGGAGAGAUUUCAAUAAAAGCUCGCAAUAAGAUAUAUGGCAGUGAACUUGCGAGCUUGCGAGACAGCUUACGGUUCGACUUAUCAACAAGAAUUCACUGUGCCAGUAGUGCACGAUCGACAUCUCAUUUUGUCAACGUGAAAUAUUCUUGAGCGCUCGAGAAUUCUCAGGCUGCAAACAGUUUCAAGUAUUUCGAUUUACACGCGCGAAGUAAGAGAGCUUGUGUGGGUGUAAGUGUACGGGUAAAAUCGAUUAUCACGCGACGCCAAGCUCAUUCAUUUCCUCUCCAUUGCCACGCGAAACUUGAAGCACAGCGCGCACGCUAUAGCAGGAGAUAAUUCCUUAUUAUUAUCUCGCGAACGCGGAAGCUCCGUUUUCCUGGCAACGCCGUCGAAAGAGAGAGAGAGAGAGAGAGAGGGAGAGAGACUUGUCGCCUCGAGCGCGAUUAAUUAGUCUAAUGGACUUUGUGCUCCCGAGGAGUCGUCGUCGUUUAUCGGCGAGCUCUCGUUCGCUCUCGUCGCACAAUAAAAUUUCCCGUCGCCUGCCGGUUAACGCUCCUCCUCUCCGGCGAAAUUUGCGAUACACACGCGAACGCCACCGCUACUCUCUUUUAUACGAGGCACUCCGGAGCGUGAGCUCGCGCGCACACGCGCGCGCGUCACCUGAUGUAUUGCACUCUCUCGAGCCUCAUAUCGUCGGGACCAAUCAGCCCUUCCUUUAUUACAUCAACCGCCAGUCUCACUUUUUAUCAUCCCCUCGCUGUCGCAAUUUCGUUUGCGUAUCGUCUCAGACGGCGGGCCAUUUUCCGCACGCGUGCGAGCGAGAAAGGGAGAGCGCGACAGAGAGCUAACGCAUAUAUGCUGACAAGCCGUAAAUCCUUAUAUGCGCCUGUAAAAUCCGAUGGCGCGUUUCGCCCACUCGACGUCAGCUAUUGUCGGCGUCGCCGUACCUUCGCGAUUCGCACGUCGAAUCGGGCGCAGCUGCGUUUCAUCACGGGCGUUCAUACACCUCUCUGCCGAACCUCGAGGCAAGCGUUCGCGUUUGCAUCUCGAGCUAGCCGUGAGGAAUGCCAGAUUUCGCCGGGUCCGCGUAGCCGGAAUGUGCUGGAGAGCGAGCUUGUCCUUGGCUAAAUGGAUAUACUCGGCCUGCUCUGCGAGGAACAAGUCAGCCCGCGGGUCGCAUUAUACGAGUUUGAAAUUCAAAGCGUGCAGCGUAGUCACGCUUUAUUUUAUUAGAAUGAGAAAAACGCCGGGGAGAUAGAGAACGAGAGAGAGAGAGACAACAGUGCGCGCGUAACGAAGUAGGCGGCACUAAGAAAAAGACGCAGCUUUCACCAAUGCAUUAUGCAUGGUAGAUUAUAAGCCGCGGAUAAAUCCCAAGGAAAAAUACAUCAUUUUUCUCCCUUCGCCAAGUUUAUUCCACCAAGUUCACGAUAAACUAAGUUGAAUGCAUAAUCAAUUCUAUCGCAGUUGCUAUUAAUGCUCGUGGAUUCUCUUAGCGCGAGAAAAGAGACACGCAGUGGUGUGCGCGAGGUGACAAAUAAAUAUUGGUAGAAGGCAUUUCAUUGAAUCAUUACGUGACUGAUUUAGUGGCAUUAAUGUCGAUACGACGCCAUAGUCAUCCCGUGGGCCAGUAAAUAGACGACGAUAGGUGAAUCCGGGAGCAGGAUACGUUGUAAAAGGAUUGUACGAACGUGGGAAGAGGGGGAGCGGGGAGGACGGAAAGAUGAAAAGAGUGAAAUAGGGAGGGAGGCAUCGGUGGAAAAAGGCGACUUUAUUGGGAAAGCGUGGCUCUCGCAGGCAUGUGUCGCCAGAGAAGACAGCGUGGCACCGAGGCGAGCGAGUUUCAAGCCAAUCCUCGCAAGCGCUUGUUGCGCGCGCUGGCUUCGCUCGCGGAAACUGCCCCGCCGAGGUCACGAAGCUUUGCCGCGGUCGGCGGGUGGCUUCGCGCCACCUGCUAGCUGAAUCGUCCAUCCAGCCAGUGCGCCGCGCAUCUCUUUUUACGCGCUGUUUCUUCUCUGGGCUCCCCCCCCCCCCCGUCGCUGGCCAGAGCUCGCGAAUCGCGCGAUUUUCCGCUUCUUCAAAGCUUUUUACGCCUCGUUACCCACAGCUGCACCCGGAUAAACUUCCAUUUUGUGGUUUGUAAUUAGACAAGCUUUUAACUACCGUUAACCUGCUUCUCUUUUUUACUUCUAAAGCGUAGAAGCCAUGUUUUUUUAGUCUUAUAUUCGUUGAUUAUCUGAACGUUAAGCCAAUAGUAUCCUCGGGCUAGCUUUCGCGAAAAUUGCUUUAAUUUUCCACUGCUCGCAAGUCCGGUGUUUAUUCCGUCUCAUUUGUUGUUUCGGCUGUGCGAUCUUGCUAAUGAAAUUGCGGAUUUUCUUUUUCAUGGUCGGCGAAUAAAAAUGAUAUUUGUAUAAAGUUUACGUAUACGUGAAUAAACAAACAGCGGGCGUCGGUGUAUUUGAAAGAUCAAUCAUUAUUUUUCAGUUAUAAGCUUCACUGAGUGAGCUUCCAAAAGUUUUCGUGUCUGAAUCCUCUUGACGCGACUUUAUCAAUACUUACAGCUGGACACGUUGAACAUGAUUAAAUAUUUCGUCUGGAUUUGCCGCAACGGGAUAUAAGAAUUAGUGCACCAAAAAUGGAGUUCCGCGCGCGAGCGAGAAACAGAGAGAAAUGUAGGCAGAGUGAGCGGAAACGACGAGGACGGCUCUCGACAGGAAAUCGAAAAUUCUUCAAAUUUCCUCUGGAAUCUAAAAUGUGUAGCGCGUAUGAAGAGGAGUGAAGGGAAGGAAGGCUCGAGCACUUGGAGUUGAAAAUACUCCUUCGGUGCUCGCUGUUGGGAACGUGCGACUGCUAAUUCUCUCUCGCUUGCUUUUUUUUCUUUUUUCAUCUCUGCUUUAUUGUACCAACGCAGCCCCAGAGCAUCGCCCGUUUAGCGCGCUAAGACCAAAGCUCCUGUAUGUACACAAUCGAUCGUAAGCUUCCGCCAAAUUGACGCAGAUAAAUGACGUUGAAAAAUACAAUCGUUUCUUCUUUUGCAGACAAACAAAUCUCGCGACAACGCCGUUAGCAUCACAACUCCUAGUCACGCAAAACUAGAUUGUCAGAAUUACUUAAAAGUAUCAAAGCUCCUGAGAUAGUCGUUGGUUUUCGGAGCACUGAAUAAGAGACACUGAGCGUUGUUCACUCGUCGCGAUUAAUAAAUUAAUGGAUUCUCGUAUUCGCAUGCUUGUAUGUAUAUGGACCUGACGCCAUAAGUUAUCCGUGCCAAGCUCUGCAACUUAAUCCCUUCCUUUUAACCAGCCCUGCUAUACAUAUUACGUACACUUUGCUUUCUCAUGCCCUUUCAUUCAUUUUUCCUCGGUUGCAUUGUUUUUGUGCUCGCACGAGCCAUCCUCAUAAAUUUCGUAAUUGAAUUAGAAGUGAGAAAAGUUCAUUUGUUUUGAAUACAAAAUAUUCGUUCAAAUAUAUUAUCUACACUUCGCCAUGUAGAGAUUGCUUAUCUGUACAAAUUCAUUCGUGUCCGCUGGUAGCUCGUGGGGAUAAAUAAGGUAAUGCGAUCGCAGCACAAUGGGUGAAUAAAAUUUGACAAGCUUGUAAGCAUUUUUCAGCUAAAUAGCAAGAAGGUACGAGAAACAAUAAAUAAAAUUGUUAUGAAUGCACGUAGUAGUUAUGAAGUGAACACUCUCAAAAUGUUACAAUGGUAUGGAAAGAUAUAUUUUAUUCUAGGAAGAUCUACUCAAAUUUGUAUAUUCUCUCUACUAUGAAAGACUCCUCCUUUGUCCUAUCUACACUGCGUAUAUUUAGAGACAACGAUUAGGCGAAAGCAUAAACGCAAUCCUGUACCAGAUAGCGACUGAAUUUGAAUAAACCUUCUACAGAAAAAAAAUUUUUACAGUAUAACAUCUUGUAAAUUGUGUAGAAUUUUUUACGAGUUUGAAAGUUUCAUGUUAAAGUUUUGUCUUUGAUUUAAUUCUUAGAAGGGGACGUUUUUCUUUGCUUGUAAUAAUAAUAUAAGCUUAAUUGUAGAUGGACAUUCAAUUCAUUACAUUUUCUUACAGGAAUCAAUCUUUCAUCAAAACUGUAGUAUACAUUAACGAUUAACAUUAACUCUAACGAUGCGUACGCUUUGAAGAUAAUGCCGUAAAAACAAAUUAAUAAAGUUAAAGUAAAGCAUUGUUUCUCUGAGUAAACUCAUUAGAUUACUCGUGAAUAAUAAUUGCCAUUACUCGCGCACGAUGACAAACACAUACAUUUCUCUUGCAGUUGUUAUAACGAUUUAAGAUAGCAUUAGGAACACAAGGAGGUGCAACGUUGAAGCAUUCCAAAAACUACGUAUUUUGACUAGUCGUCCCACUUCCAUCAUGAUAUGUGUACCUACAUACUUAUAAGCUUUUCAUUGACUUUAGUUGUUGGAAGAAAAGUAAAAGAUUGGUUGAGACUAUAGAGAAGAGAGAAAAAAAAGUGAGACUUAUUAGGUAUCGAGCAUAAAGGUUUAUUAAUUGCUCUUAACGCUAGCGUCUCUUUCAUCGAGGAAUUUCGUUGAAUAAGACGCUUCCCCCGAAGGCUUCUCUAUUUCCUUGGCGUUUUUCCGCCUCUUAUCCGCGUUUUCCCUCCCCUUUUCAGCUCAAAUUCCAAGAGAACGGCAGCGACGGCUUCGACACUCAAGCUCUCUGUCUCUCUUUCUCUCUCUCUCUCUCUCUCUCUCUCUCGUUGUUUGUCGUCACGUUGGACACGCAGAGACGAUACUUUAAACGCUAUUUAGGUACCGGCGCUGAUUGACGCGGGACCUUUUUCUCCGUUUAAAACAGAAUUUUUUUAACUCCCGCGCUCUCGCUAGUCCAGCAGUCCCUCUUUUUCUGUUUCUCUCUCUCUCUCUCUCUCUCUCUCUCUCUCUCUCUCUCUCUCUCUCUCUCUCUCUCUCUCUCUCUCUCUCUCUCUCUCUCUCUCUCUCUCUCUCUCUCUCUCUCUCUCUCUCUCUCUCUCUCUCUCUCUCUCUCUUUCCCGAAGGAAAGUCCAAGUAAAAUUUUACGGUUUUUUCGCACGCGUAUCCACUUGAGUGUUCCUUUCUCUUUUUUCGUCGUGUCGCUUUGAUCGGUAUAUCGUGAAAAAUCACGCUGUUUUGUAACACUUGAGUGCGCAGCUGUCGUCAAAGAGAACGAGCGACGUCCUUUUCUUUUUCAAUCGAUAUUACAUCUCGAAAGAUCCCUCUCUCAAUGCUGCCUAUCAUUGAAAAAAACAAAACGAUGCGUCAAAGUCAAAAAUACUAAAAGUAUUGUCUUUCAAAAUGACAAAUUCCAUUAAAGGAAUGAUAAGUUUCUUCUUCCAGUAAUUGCGCACUUGAAAUAUUGUCGUGACAAAGAGGGGGAGAUCGAUAAAGUCAUUGUUGAGGGUAAUCAGGCAGUAAAAAACCAUCAGUCAUUUUGAGAGGGAGAGAUAAGUUAAUUGGUCGAGGCAUAAUCGUAGUACAGUGUCCGCGAAAAUGCCAAUUUCGAUGAAAUCUCUGUUACACGAAGGCACCGGCACGGUAAUCUACACACACACACACGUAUUGGCAUUGCAUGUAAAGUUCGUCUAAUCGAGGGUGAUUUACUGUCUCUUUUAAUCUCCGUCGAUACGCUCUUUCCUCUCGUUUUGUUUAAGACAGGAAAUAUUGUUAGCCGUUAAACAGACAAAACGUUAAUCGUUCUAUUUAUACGUUUUCUGAAUUUAAACACCACUACUCGUAGAAUGGCUGAUGUCCCAGUUGGUCCUCGUCGUACGUAUCGACGGCAUCGUCGUCACAAACGGUGUCCAUAAUUUCCAUGGCGUGUGCGCCGUUUGCGACAAAAAAAAGCAACGAAAACAACAACAAAACGCUAUACGAAAGGGGUAAUUUUCAAGAUAGGAGAGACAGCUAGCGAGUUGCGACGAAAAAAAAUCUACGGUCAUACAAAAACGUUGAGCACGAGUGUUUGCGAUGUGUCGCAUUCACUGCGCACAAUCACGCAAAAGUGCAUGAAACUGACAAAACGCACCUAUUUUUCAUGUUUUUUUUCUGUUAUUCUUUGCAAACAACUAUCAUAUAUGUAUAGGUAUAAUUCCAAGUAGUUUCAUUUGAAUAAAGUACAAUUGAGAUCGCAAAGUAGCAUUUAAAUAAAAAAUCACAAGUCUAGAAUGAAGAAGUAGGUCAAUGUACAAAAUAAAUAUCUCAAAAGUAUCAAGCAUAUCAGUCAUUGCACCUCGUCGCAAAACAGGCGUGAAAAAAAUCAUAGAAAUAUGGUCUUAUCAUUAUUACGUACUUUAUCGAUAGACUUAGGCCGUAAUAUUCCCGCAAAACAUUAUUCUAUAUGCAAAGUGCGCUGUAAGUACCUAUACGAUUUAUAAUACACCGCACACGAGACGAAUCACACGCGCAAAUUUUUUUUUUCCGGAAGCGUAGCAGGGUAUACAUAAUUGACAACGACGAUGAACAUAAAGCAAAGUGGGCAUGACAAGUUAAAACGUGAGAAUCGAAAGUAACGAAUAAACGAACGAAAAAAAAUAUGCACCUACAGGGACAAUGAUUCACUUAGGCCGUGUACUGAAAUCCAGAACGAUCCCCUUACAUCCCUACAUACUUUCACAUUUACACAAAUUUAUGAAGUAAUUGCGCACUUUUCAUACGUAUUCUAAUUAAAUAAAUGAAUAAAACACUUGAGCUCAAUUUCAGAGUGAGAUCGUACGAUGCCUGCUACUGAUAAGCCCGAAACGCGCAUAUUGUAAUAAGUGCUCGACAAAACAAAUAAUUGUAAUUAUGCGCCAAUAAAAAAACAUUGUACAUAAAGCGUUUAGUUUUUAAACAUUACGUCUGCGUAUAUUGGUAUAAACGACUGUAAUCCGUUGAUUGCUGAGCGACAACUUUGAUCGAUAGUAAUAAAUAAUCUGAACUGUGGUAGGAUGAUUUUAAUGAAUAUCGUAGAUUUGUUUAAACGAUGACUACUAUACUCCCGUGACUUUGAUCGUAUAUAAAGUUUUCGCUAAGCAAACUUUUAAUUAACAAUCUCGAAUGUUACAUUAAUAAAGUUCGUUUUAUUUCUAGAAUCGUGAGCAAUACGAACUGACAAUGAUCGAACAAUUUACAAGGACGAUAUAAUAGUAACUGAUGAUAGUAAGCAAAGAGCAUGCAAUAAUAAUGAAAGAAAACAAAUAAGCACAUCGAAAGGCCUAUAGUAUCUCAGAAGACAGCCAAAUAACGGAGCACGAAUACAUCUGCAAAAAAUAAAUCUCAAAGUUCGGAUAAGACUCGUUGACCGUCCUCUCGAGGUGAUCGGCGCACAGAGUGCAAAGCUCGUCAGUACAUUGUGUAAAAAAAAACAAAAGUUCAGCGAUAGUAGACGCACCAAAAAUCGCUGCAGGCUGCGAGAAGCCGAAACCAACCAAAAUCGUUGUCGAAUAUUGCCACUUUUUAACACCUCCUCCCUUUUAUCAAUGUUCUUAUAGCUCCCUUUCAUCUAUCUCUCUUUCGCCCCUCAAUAAUCCAUUACCAUUCCUGCAACAAGCUCAGAAGACACUUUAGAUUAUCGUAGCUCUAUUUAGCCAGAGGGCUUUCUUACACGACGCCUUCCGCGAGAAUACGUAUAAAAUAGAUGAUACAUCGUGGAGACGCGAGUUUUGACGUAAAAAUGGAAAAAAAAAAUACGAAAAAAAAAAUAAAUAAAUAAAUUUGAAACUCCGAUGUACUCUCACCUUAUUACACAAACACUCAUAUAAACACGACUUGCGUACAGAACUUAGCGACAAAAGUGCUUUUCAAGUUUUACUAUAAUUAUAAACUAUAAUGAUACUGCGACUUUUUCAAUAUUUUCCAGUAACAAUUGAGGAUCAUCAUCGGCUUUUUCGUUAGCCUUUAAAACUAAUUCAAUAACAUUAUAGCCCGAUACGAUGCGUUCGCGAGUCAUUUAUUAUAUAUCUGCCAUUAUAUGCAUUAUAUUGCCGAUGCCAUCGACCGACGCGCGCGUUGUCAUUAUAUUAUUGUGAUUAAGGUAGGCGCCGAGCGUGACACGUCUGCGGUGCCAACCGCCUGUUAUAAGAGUUUACUAAUUAUAUAUAUAUAUAUAAAUAUAUAUAAAUACAAAUAUAUAUAUAUAAGAGAUUUUAAUUAUUAGCGAAGAUCAUAUACGAAAAAUAUGAGAUUAUCUGACAUGCGUGCUUUAACAUAUAUUAUCAUAAUGAUAUUUAUUAUGAUGAAUAUUAUGAAUUAAUUAUUCAUUAUUAUUAUCAAGAACGUUGUCAUUCUUAAUAUUACUACAUUUAUUAAGACUUUCAUUAUUAUUACAAUUAUUAUUAUUGUAAAAAAAUUACAUUUGUAACUAUUAUGCGAUCAUUGUUAUCAAUACAUUGAAUGGGUACGCAUUAACUUUUAUGAGUACGAAGUAAUGCAUAAAAAUAUACGAAUCGUUGCUAAUUUUCACAAUUAAUAAUUACAAAAAAAUGAAUUAUACGUAUAAAUAUAUAUUGUACGAUGAGCCGAGUGCUUCGUUCACAACAAGCUAGCUGGUUUGUAAAUAAAACUAUUUAACUCUUUGAAAUAUCUCUUAUAUCCGUUGCUCUUGUUUCACCUGUAUAUCUCUUUUUAUUUCAAUUUUUAAAACCUUCGUCAUUUAUUUUUUUCUUUACAAUAAUUAUUCAAAUUUACAUUGACGUGAAAAACGUUACUUCUUUGCUUAGCAUAUAUUUUCAAAAUAUAAAUUCCGUUGAUAUUUUCAUUCCGAUAAAUCAUUAAACAAGUACUACUUGAAUCUUUCAUA